GGCUGCAUGCCCAUGCACUCCUCGACUGACACGAUGGCGUCUAAUAUCCUCCAGAUUCCGUUUCGACGCUCGCACUCCAUCUCCUUGUCGAAUGCCAUUACCCAGUACAUCUCCUCCAAAUAUGACCAACGCCCGGACAUGUUCGCAGAGGAUCUGUUGAUCAUCGACCAUCUGCGAACCGAAGCAAUCAAUGUCCAGGAGCCUCAUAUCAGCGGGAUUAGCCGACUGGUCACGUAUGCGGCGCAACUGAAAUGGCUAGGGGGAAAGUUUCCGGUGGAUGUUGGCGUGGAAUUUCCGUGGUAUCCUGCGUUUGGAUUUAAUACCUCCCGACCGAUUUCGCAGAAUAACCUCCGGUUCGAGCUGGCGAAUGUCAUCUUCAACCUCGCUGCACUGUACUCGCAGUUGGCAUUUUCGGUAAACCGCACGACGUCGGAUGGACUCAAGCAGGCGUGCAAUUACUUUUGUCAGGCGGCUGGGGUUCUGAGGCACUUGCGGUCGGAUAUCCUUCCCGAUCUGCGGACAUCACCUCCGGAAGACAUGGACGAUAUGACGCUGCAGAGCUUGGAGCAGCUGUUACUGGCACAGGCGCAGGAGUGCUUCUGGCAAAAGGCUGUCAAGGAUGGGCUGAAAGACGCCUCGAUUGCGCGGCUGGCAGCUAAGGUUUCGGACUUUUAUGCCGAUGCCGGGGAUUAUGCGGUCAAGUCGAAUGCCAUUAGUCCGGAGUGGAUUCACCACAUGACGGCAAAGCACCAUCAUUUUGCCGCUGCUGCACAGUACCGGCAGUCCCUCGACUGCUUGGAGAAGCGCAAGUACGGAGAGGAGGUCGCUCGUCUGAGGGACAGCGAGGCGUGCGUCAAUGAAGCACUGAAGGAGUCGCGCUGGAUUAACCGCACGGUGCUGGGAGAUCUCCAGGGAUUAAAGACGCGGGUGACAGAAGAUUUGAAACGCGCCGAAAAGGACAACGAUAUUAUCUACCUCAACCCGGUGCCGCCCAAGUCGGAGCUUAAGCUCAUCGACCGGGCAAGCAUGGUGGCAGCGAAGGCGCCAUCCCAGGUGACUGAUGCCAUUUCCCUGCUGGGCGAGAACGGGGCUCUGGGGCAGCCGCUGUUCUCCAAGUUGGUGCCGUACGCCGUGCACAUUGCAGCCAGCAUCUACUCGGACCGUCGGGACCGACUGAUCAAUGAGACGAUCAUUGGCGAGCUGGAGACUAUGACGGACAAGCUUCGGGAUUUAUUGUCAUCGUUGAAUCUCCCGGGCUCUCUGCAGGCCCUCGAGAAGCCGCUCGGACUGCCACCGACAUUGGUGUCGCACGCCGAAGAAUUGCGUCAGCAGGACGGCUUGAACCGGCUCCGCAAGUCGCUUGAGGACACGGCAACGGUGAAGGGAAACGACCACGCCGUGUACAGCGAGGGCGUCGAGCUUCUGGCUGCGGAAAGAGCCGAGGAUAAUGCGUCUCGCCGGAAAUAUGGGACCGACCGCUGGUCUCGCCAGUCCUCGGAGGAGGCGGCGCAGAAGUUGUACACGACAUCUCGCGAGAUUGAGGGAUACUUUACGUCAGCCCAGAGCAGCGACAACUUGGUUGAGCAGAAGCUGAAAGAUUCGGAGGCAGUCUUCCGGGUGCUGACGGGCACCAACCGCGAUCUGGAGAUGUAUGUACCCAGCAGUCGGUGGGCAGCUCUGCCGCCGGAGGUUGAGCGCGAGGUGAGCCGGCUUCGGGGAUGUAUGAGCGAGGUGAGCCGUCUGGAAAGCCGGCGCAAACGGCAGGCACAGGCGCUGAAGGACAAGGCGCGCACCGAUGAUAUCAGCCAAGCGCUCAUCAAGGAGACGGCCCGACUGGAGCGCGAAUUUCCCAUGCAGGCGAUCCAGGCCAGCCAGUUCGAGGAUCUAUUCGAGGAGCAGCUGCAUUUGUAUGAUUCGGACCUGGAGAUGGUCGCGCGGGAGCAGCAAGACCAGGACGAGAUUGCCACACGGGUGCGGGAAGCCAACCGGGCGUUUACGCGAGCACACACGGGGGAUGCCUCGACCAAGGAGCGCGAGCGCGCCCUGCAGGAGCUGGAGAAUGGAUACCUCAAGUACAAGGAAAUCCUAUCAAACAUCGAAGUGGGUCGGAAGUUCUACAACGACCUAGCGAAGAUCGUGGGACGGUUCCGCGACGACAGCAAAGCGUUUGUACACAAGCGACGAAUGGAGGCCAGCCAGCUGGAGGGGGACAUUUCGAGCGCGGCCGCAAUGGCAACAUUGAACAUCUCCCAACCACUACGACAGCAGCCAUCAUACACCGCUCCAGCACCAGUCCCAGUCCCAGCACCAGUUCCAGCGCCAGCACCCCAACCACUGGCACGAGCAGAACCGAUGACCCCUCGGCCCCAGCCAAUGGCAGCACCGCAGCCGACGCGAGCGAAUGCGCGCCCAGCAAUGACACCGGGGAUUUGGUCCCCAGAAAUGGGGAUUCGGUUUGGAGGAGGCGGCCAGUGGGAUCCAAGCAAGGGAGUGAAGUUUUCAUAAUACCUACAUCAGAGUACUAGAUCAGACUACCUACAAUUCUACAUUAUACAUUACUAG